AUGAGAACGUUCUUUCUAGUACUGACGCUUGCGCUGGCGCUGGCCAGCGCCGCCUCGACGAGCGAUACGAAGGAGACCGACGUGAAGAUCCCGGAGGAGGUGGCCGAGGAGAUCGCCGCCAGUGACGACGUCAAGUCGAGCGACGAUGUGCGUGACUACCACUACUACAACGUGGUGCACGGAAGCCAGUCCGAAAGUGGCCGUCCGGCAAACUACGCUCCGGCCAAGAUCGGCUACGGAGGUGGUGGCUACGAAGGAGAAUACGAGGGCGGCGAAGGCUACGAGGGUGGAUACGAAGGUGGCAACGCUGGCGGUUACGGCGGCAGCUCGGGUGGCUACGGAGGUGGCAGCUCGGGAGGCUACGGAGGCGGCUAUGGUGGUGGCGCUAGCUACCCGACGCGCCCACCGAAGCCCGACACCGGUUUUGAUUUCCCGAAACCGAAGCCCCCGCCGAAGUGCAACUGCAAGGACAUCAUCGAUCAGAUCGACGAGCUGGACGAGAAGAUCGUCAAGUCGCUCCUGGACCUCGAGAUCAAGGCCGACAGCAUCCAGGGCGAUGUGGCCAUCAUCCACAAGGAAACCGAGAAGGUCGCCUUCACUACGUCCCAGACGCAGCUGAUCGCUAACGCCGUCGACAACCAGUUGAACAUCGUGCGCCAGAACCUGACCAUCAUCGAGUCGGAUGUUGAUGAGCUGACGCAGUUCCAGCAGAACGUGCCUGACCGUACCUACCUGAUCGAGGCGCUGUUCGGCCUGAAGUGCAGCUACGAACGCAAGACCAAGCGAGGAGAUGAUCGUAUCUACUCUUCCUGCGACGAUCCCAGCAUCAAGAAGACCGGUAGCUACUGGAUCAAGGCCAACUUCUUCAAGCCAGUAAAGGCGGUCUGUCUGCUCGACUACGGCGGCCGGUGGAUGGUCAUCCAGAACCGUUUCGACGGUAGCGUUGACUUCUACCGCCCAUGGAGGGAGUACAAGUACGGAUUCGGCAACAACGAGGGUGGCGAGUACUGGCUCGGUCUAGACCGUAUCCACCAAAUUACCAGCAGCGGCUCGUAUGAGCUCCUGAUCGUGCUGGAGGACUUCGAGAAGAACAUCACCUACGGCAAGUACGAGCAGUUUGCCAUCGGUGGUGAAAACGAGCAGUACAAGAUCCAGAAGCUGAAGUCGUUCGUCGGCAGUGCCGGUGACUCGUUCAUGGCUGAGGGCAUGCGCUUCUCCACCUACGACUUCGACAACGAUCGGUUCGACCAGAACUGCGCCGCCGUCACGCACGGUGCCUGGUGGUACAAGUCCUGCGGUGACAGCAAUCUGAACGGUCUGUACCUGAACGGUCCCACUCUGGAGAAGACCGGUAUCUUCUGGUACACCUUCCGUGGGUACAACUACAGCCUGAAGAAGACGCGAAUGAUGAUCCGACGCCGGGAGGGAUCCGGUUAUUGA